UGUGCAUCCUUUCCCUACACCACCACAUCGAUAACAUUCGAUCACAUUCGGCUAGUAACCAAGCAGUUCUUACGCUAGAGCUAGCUCGAGCAAUGGUGAAGUGGGCAGCUGUGAUGGAGAUGCUUCUGCUGACGGCAGCAGCGACGGCGGUAGCGGUGGUGGCGGCGCAGUGUGACCCUGAGCAGCUAUCGGCGUGCGUGAGCCCGAUCUUCUACGGGACGGCGCCAUCAGAGUCGUGCUGCUCCAACCUACGCGCACAGCAGAAGGAGGGGUGCCUCUGCCAGUACGCGAAAGACCCGACGUACGCGUCCUACGUCAACAACACCAACGCACGCAAGACCAUCGCCGCCUGCGGCAUCCCCAUUCCCAGCUGCUAGGCUCGAUCUCCCGCCGCCGCCGGCCAUGAUGCGUACGUGGCAUAUAUACGCGUGGUGUGUACGUGCGCUUGAAGAAAAGGGCGUGAGUUUGAAUUAAUAAUUAUCCAGUACGCGAUGUUUGAUCGAUCGAUGAUGUGCCUUUUUUUUUUGGUAUUUGAAGUUUGAACUCUGAAUUUCAUCUUGUGUUAAUUGGAGUAUGAUAGCUGUGUGUACAUUCGUUUUGGAGGUAGAGGCCGGUUUAAUUCAUUAUCUGUUCUAGGCU